AUCUUGUUCAGCAGUGACUGUGGGCCUCAGAUCAGGAACUUUAUCUGGCUAGUAAUCACAUCGGCAUGCUGGCUUUUGUGCGUGCGUCGGUGCUGGGCAACUGGCAAGUUGGACUCUUGAGUUUCACAACCUUGAUGAAAGGAAGCAUCUUUUAUAUACGUACAUAUUAGGAACCAUUAAGUUGAUAUACAGUGUACAUGGGUGAUAAUGGCAGGCUUCUACAGUUGUCUGAAGAGUAACAAUGACUGCAUCAUGGCGACUGGACCAGUAGAUGUCCUAGAGCCUCUCGAGGUUGAAGAAACAGGAAAGAAAAAAUCCAAGUUUCAGACUUUCAAGAACUUCUUUGCCAAGAAGAAGAAGAAGAAAGAGCCUUCCUCUCCGGGAGCUGAGAGCACACUGAAGCCAAGCCAAUCGAGUAGCGACAUCAGCACCCCUAAUCUCGACUCCAGCAUGCUACAUUUACCAGCAGAGCCAGGAUCCAAAGGAAUCAUGGGAAAUAAAGCCUUAUCACACGACAGUGUUUUCAUUUUUGAAUCGCCACCAGAUACAGCUAGCAAAACAUCCUCACAGGAGAAUCUUACUGGGAAAGUCAAAACUUUGCAGCUUCAGUUCCAGCAGACUCUACAGCUCAGGUCACCACCUCUGGUUAUUGCUAGCAAGAAGACAGAAGACACAGGUGCUGUUUCAGAAGAUGAUGGCUUACCCAGAAGCCCUCCAGAAAUCUCCACUCUCCAUGAUGUUCUGACUUCUUCCACUAGUAAGUCCUCCAACCCUGUUCAGCGACAUAGCUCUUUGAGUUUGGGUGGGACAGACAGUGAAGAUGACCAGGUACCCUCGGAAGCUUCCUCCAGGCCUGUUAGUCCACUCUCUCCUAGCGUCCUUGUGAGCCCCAUCUCACCAAUGUGCCACUUGAUUUCUGUCGAUUUCAACACCCCAGCCACUCCUCUGGGCUGCCUGGAUACCUCAGCUGCCAGGCACAAGAUUGCACUUAAUCCACGGAAGCAGAAAGUCUUUAACAACAAAACCCAGGCUUUGGCUGUGGAAAAGCUAGAAAAGGAGUCAGGCCUUCUCCAAGCUGCUGAAUGCAAAGCAAGCCAUCCAAAAUUACUUGAAGAAACUGACCACCCAAAGGAGGAUUCAGAAGGUUUAUCAAUCCAGAAUACAUAUUGUUUAAAUGAGAUUUGGAUUAACAAUGCAGUGCCCAAAACAAGAACCUCCAAUCCUUUGCGUUACUCUUGGAAUUUUCUCCCUGGCCCAGAUGGGACUUGUAUCUCAGCACUUGAGGACUGCAGCAUUACACAAACAGAUUUCCAGAAUGAUGUAGUGGUGUCUUCCCCAGAUGCAGAGUCUUCUUUUGAAGAGAUUGAACUAAAAAUGGAGGAGAAAGGGAUAGAAAUGACUCCGAAUCAUAUGAAUGGUCUCAAGCAAAAUCCACAGAGUCCUGGGAAAGAAGAGUGUGAGAUUUUGGAAACUUUUCAAACAGAAGCUGUCAUGCCUUGUGAUAUGCUGUUCUCCGCCUCACAUGGUAACGAUGUACAAAAGGACUUGGAUUCGCCAGCAGAAUGUAUCCAAGUGCAGCACCCAGAACAUGCAGAUCAAAAAGCAAAAGGCUCUGGGACUGACAGCAACACAAUCCAGGUUGAUGGAGCAUGGGAAGGACCAGCUGGUGGGCACAGUGGUGUUGCCCUUGGAUCAGAUUCUCAGUUGUACAUUCCACAGUUUUCUUCAUCUGCUUCAGAAAUUCCCCCAGAAGCAGGGAGAUUUGUAGUCCCAGAACUUGAAAAGAACUCAGCGAUCAAAGACGAUACCGCAGAUGUGGAACGUCAGGCAUCUGAAGACCACAUGAAACCAACAACAUCCCUAGAGAAAGAAUCUGUCAUGUUGGACAGCAGCAUAGACAGCACUGAGGAUAAAAUGCUGUAUCUUCCAACAGAGUUUUGCUGCUCUGUUCAUAACAAUGACCUAGGCAAUCAAGAGAUAGAGCUCCUCAAAAAAACAUGUGACUCAACUGUGAAAGAUGAAAUAAUCUCCAGAUCUGCUGAAGUUGCUUUUGAAAGCACCCAUCCUUAUGAGGAUGCCAGAGAAGAUCAGUCAGGUACUAUAAAAAUAAAAGAAGAAAGCACACCACCAGAUGAAGUUGUCAAGAACCAACUGAAGUUCAGUUCUACUAAACCAGUCCGGUUCACUAUUGCUCCUGCCUGGCAAAGGUCUCUCUCAGGGGGUUCAAGUUCUUUAGAUGGUUCAUGCACUAGAAGCUCUCCAUCUUCACCAGUAAAACCAGAGUUUUUUGAAGGCAUACCAGAUACAGUCACACCAGGAUGUAUAUCAAACAGCCAAGAAAGACUCAAUGAGGAUAACAGAAAUGCUGUGGCUGUUGAGGAGCCAUGGAGCCGUGAGAGCCCAUUUGGGGUUAAGCUGAGAAGAACAUCCUCAUUGCUAAAAUAUCAGACGGAAAAACAACAAUAUGAGUCCCCAAAGCGAGGUCCAUUAGUGACUUCUAGUAUCUCCUUUGCCAAAGAUGAGCCAAAGUCACCUGAGCCUGGGAAGCCACCCCAAAAUCUUACCAGCAGUGCUAAAUCUUUGAUGAUGAAAUUCAGCUUCCAGAAAGAGAGAAAUACCAGCAAGGCUAAACCUGAAGAAGUGGCAACUGAGCAGCAGAUGAGCAGGCUUCCAGAGAAAAUUCCACCAGCCCAUUUAGAAACUCUGUCCUCAGAACCAGCUUGGAUCUCCAUGGCAAAACUCAAGCAGAGGGGCUUCCAUGGCCUCCCUUUUGGUAAAGGACUGAAAAAGGAAGAGAAAGCUGUAGCCCGAACUGAGCCAGGGGAGGAGAAGAAUGAGGGUAUUUUGAAGCCUGAAAAGCAAUUGGACAUUUCUUGUGAGAAUUUACAAAAAAAGAGCAGCACUCCUCCUGUGUGUACCCGUGAGAAUAAACUACAAAUGAAGAUGCCCACAUCCUCUCCAACUGCAUCAAUCAGAAUGGUCCCUCAGGAAACCAUGUGCGUGGAAAAGGAAAUUAAAACAUCGCUGAGCCUACCGAUGUCCAUAUGUAGCCCUGCCGAACCACCGUGGCUGUCUCUGGCAAAGAAAAAAGCCAAAGCGUGGAGUGAAAUGCCCCAGGUGGUUCAGUAGCAAAGCCAUUCCGGAGGUCUGGUCCCCACUGCCAAUAGCUGUAUUAAUAGUAUCCACAGUGUUUUCAGUGUGAGCAUUUUUAGUGGUUUGAAAGGAAAGGAUGAGAAAGUCAGGAAACGCACCUUUUAACUUGAAGACAGUAUCACAACCAAGCAUUUAAGAUGUGGCAGCCAUUAGUAUUAAUACACUGAGUACUUUUCAUUGUAAGACAUUAAAUGCUCCAGGAAACUUUGCUUUUGCGUUCUAUGACUAUUUUGGUUGUCAAAGACUGUGAGAAGGACCUUCUCUGUUCCCUGCAAUGAGAAGCUUAACCUACGUCCUGUACAGUAUUUCUACAUCCUGGAAGGAACAGCCUGGGAAAUCUGCAGGGCACUUUCUGAGUUUCUCUUUGUGUUUCUACAAAACCUGGGUCUGUGGUGGCUAAAAACGAGACUGGUUAGUUGGUGGUGGCUCUUCUUUGAAAUUGAGAGCAACAGCAAAGACGAUCCCAGUGCAGGUAGCUGCCUCUUCUUUCUCUCCUUUUGUACAGAGAUGGUAGUGCCAUGGGAGCCAUUGUGCUAGCACAUCCAGAGGUUUCCAGGCUUUAAGCAAGUCUUAGGAGCUUAUUGUAUAAAAAAGGGAAGGAGUUGCUACAAGCUGUAGUAGCUCUGCUCGCCACUCCAUUUUGUUACUUUUGCUAACUUAAAACCCCCAAAAUUGCUGAACAGUCAAAUGCAUUGUGGGAUUAUUUCCUUUUUUAAUACCCCUGUCCAGCUGUGCAGGUGUGAUCAUAUCUGUGCAAAGGAUUGGAUGGUGGUACCCUUUGAAAUGAUGUGCAUACAUGAGCUGUGCACUUCCCCCCAUGAAUCAUCAUGCGUUCCUUCUGUGUAUUGCUCAACUUCAAAGUUCAUCAUUUAAAAAGAACACCUGGCUCAGUUUGCCAGAAGAGCCUUGAUACUUGACCAGUGCAAUCUACCAACCAUUGGAUCCAACAACACUAGUUUUGUGGGCUACACAGCGUAAAUGUCAGAGCCAGUUAUAAGUCCCAGAGGCUUUACAGGAUGUGCUUGUUGCACACCCCAGCUCUAGGCAAGUGCUGCAGCUAUGCCAGUAUUUACUGCAUCUUCUACCCUCACCACUGUCCAGAGCAAUCAAUGGCGAUGGUUCUGUUUCCUACAUGGAAAAUUUAUCUUACUUCCAAAUGCUGGACUAGCCAGACUCUGCUGUCAGGCUCAGUGGAUACCUGAGAAGAGAUAUAAUAUCCACUGUUACCUGUAACCCUGUCUCAGUGGACUUUCCUGGGAACAGGGAGCUUUACAGACAUGUCCCAGUACCAAAGGCCCUAGAGUUCAUCAGCCAUGGAAAGGAGUCUCCCAUGUGCUGAAUGGAUGCUAUAAGCCUUUCUCUGAUUUGUCUGUCUUUGGAUAUCCUCUAAAUGGGGAGCAGAGUCUGGCUGGCUCAACCUUUGAAAAAUUAAAAGACUUCCCCAAUCAGCUCUUCUUGCUUG